UAUGGUCGUUGAUAGACUGUUUUCUAAUCAUGAAACUGUUUAACUACUUACUGAAAGAUGUCACGCACAAAAUCGAAUAUUAUUCAAGGUUCUCGCCCUCACCGAUGUCAAUCAAGCAAUUUCUGGAUUUUGGCAGGGAAAAUGCAUGUGAAAAAACCUCCUACAUGUUUCUGCAGAAAGAACUGGAAGUGAGGUUGGCCAAUACGAUGAGGGAAGUCACCUUGUUGCCAGCCAGUCUUCAGAGCCAGCCAUCCAUCAAGCUGGUCGAGAUGUUGAUUAUGAGGAAAACUGGUCCCCUGACUGAGACUGGUUUCUCUCAAGAACUCAUUAAUGUGGGCUUCAGCUUCCUAGAGAUCCUGAUUAAGAUUCGGAGCAGGCACAAUGACGUGGUGCCCACUAUGGCCCAGGGUGUCAUCGAAUACAAAGAGAAGUUUGGUUUUGACCCCUUCAUCAGCAGCAAUGUACAGUACUUUCUUGACCUCUUCUACACCAACCGCAUUUCUUUCCGUAUGCUCAUCAACCAGCACAAAAACAUAGGAAGUAUGGAGCAUGGAUCCAAUGUGACUGAGGUGGUGAGAGAUGCAUAUGAGACAGCAAAGAUGCUGUGUGAGCAGUACUACAUGACAGCACCUGAACUGAACUCCAAAGCUCCAAAGAAGCCUAUACAGGUGGUCUAUGUGCCCUCCCACAUGCUGUUUGAGCUCUUCGAGAAUUCCAUGCAGGCAACAGUGGAGCUCUAUGAAAACAGCAGUGAGAGGCUUCCUCCAGUGAAAGCAAUGGUUACUCUGGGAAAAGAGGAUCUCUCAGCAAAGAUUAGUGACAAAGGUGAAGGUGUCCCCUUAAAAAGACUGAUCAUCUUUUCAUCGAUAUUUUUUUCAAUUCUGUAUUUGUAUGUGGUUUCAUGCAACCUGUUUAUAUUGUCUCUGCAGGCUGGUUUUGGCUAUUUACUGCCAAUCUCUAGACUCUAUGAACACUACUUUCAGGGAGACUUGAGCCUGUACUCGAUUGAAGGGUUUGGGACAGAUGCAGUAAUUCAUCUUAAGGCUCUUUCUAGUGAGUCUUUUGAGCGUCUUCCAGUCUUCAGUAAGUCAGCGUGGUGACAUUAUCAGACAGGUCCUGAGGAUGAUGACUGGAGUAACCCGAGCAGUGACCCACGAGAUGCAUCCAUGUAUAAAGCCAAAAGAUGACUUUAUUGUAUCUGCUACUG